AUGCCAUCCAGUACGCAGAACCCGCAAAAGAUUUACUCGCUAAGAGAGAAUGAAUCCCCAGCCAGUCCGGAACCGUUCUACCAGAAUUACAAGGAGGGCGUGCCAAUUGCGUUGGACUUAGGUUCGUCCAGCUUUAAAAUCGGUCUCACCAACUCAACGUCUCCGAAUAAUGUGUUUCCUACACUCAUAUCGAGGUUCAGGGAUAGAAAGGCCAAUAAGCUGUUGACUAUAAUCGGGAACGACAUCUACAGAGACCUGUCGAUCAAGAGCUCGACCAAAUCUCCGUUUGACGGCCCCUUGAUUACCAACUGGGAUUAUGUCGAAGACAUCUUGGACUACUCCUUUGAGCACUUAUCGGUGACAUCCUCUAAUGGGAAGGUAAAUAACCCGAUAAUCAUGACUGAACCACCGUGUGUGCCGUUCUCCCAGAGGAAGAACUACUACGAGUUGUUCUUUGAAACGUACCAAGUGCCCAAAAUCACCUUUGGUAUCGACUCGUUGUUUUCCCACUACGCAAACACAGACAAUUAUAACCCAAAGACCGCCAACAGCUUGGUGAUAGGAACGGGCCACGAAUCCACCCAUAUCAUACCCGUUGUUGAUGGUAGAGGACUACUCCUGCAAGCCAAGCGAAUCGACUGGGGAGGGUCCCAGCUGCUGCAAUAUUGCCUGAAGUUGUUGAGCAUGAAGUACCCUUACUUCCCCUCGAAGUUGAAUCUGAAUCACGCAACUAACAUUGUGCAAGACCAUUGCUACGUUUCCAAUGAUUUCCAGGAGGAAUUGAAGAAUUAUCUUGAUAUGGAGAAUCUCGAGAAGAAUGACGUUGUGUUGCAGGCCACUAACGAAUUGAACAGCGGGGCUGCUUCUUCUAACGCUGCCAACGCAGAAAGUAAGAAAAAGCUGGAAGAAGAGUUGAAGAGACAGGCUGAGAAAAGAAGAGAACAGGGGAAGAGGUUGCAAUUACAGGCCCAACAGAAGAGAUUAGAAAAAUUGAUUCAAAAAGAGCAAGAAUGGGAGUACUACUCAAACUUGAAGUUGGAGUUUGAAUCGAUGAAUAAGCAGCAAAUUCAGGCAAGAUGUGUUCAAGAAGAAUUUGAGAGUGUGGAAGACUUCAAUAAGUAUGUAGCCAACUUAGAUAAAUCGUUGAAGAAGGCAAGAAACGAAGAUGUUGGUGAUGGUGAAGAAGGUGGUGAUGGCCACAGUGGACAGUGGACACUUGUUGACAUACCAGACGAUCAAUUGAACGAAGAGCAAAUCAAGGAGAAGAGAAAACAAAGAUUGAUGAAGGCCAAUUUCGAUGCAAGGGAGCGUGCUAAGCAAGCCAAGGCUGAAGAAGAAGAGUUGUUGAGAAAGUUUGAAGAAGAGCAAGCUGAAUGGAGAGCUAGAGACUUGGAGGACUGGUGUGCAGUUAAGAAACUGGAAUUAGCAGAUAUUAUUACAAAGAUUACUGAAAAGGCUAAAUUGUUGGAAUCUUUCAAAGACAGAAAGUCCAUGGCUGCACAACAGAGAAUGAGGAAUAUUGCCACGUUGGCAAAUGACGAAAAUGGAUCCACAUCAGCAACGUCUAGAAAGAGAAGACGUAAUGCUAAUUCCACGAUUGACAAUGAUCCAAAUGAUACCUUUGGUACUAAUGAUGAUGAUUGGAAUGCUUAUAGAGAUAUCACUAACGCUUCUUUGGAAGAACAGCUUGAAGAAGACAACCAAGCUGUGUUAAAAAUAGAAGCUGAACUAUUGUUGUACGACCCAACUUUCCACCAUGAGGAUACAUUCAAUGCCUCUCAAAAGUUUGAUUGGGAGAAUCUGACAUUGCAUAAAUUUAUCCACGGCCCAAGGGAGAACAUUUUAGUUAAAUUGCAAACUGAAUCUUCUCAAAAGAACGAUGGAAAGUUGUUAGAGCCCGAAGAAUUAGAGAAUCAUCCAGAAGUUGUUCAACGAAAUCACCAAAUGCAUUUCAAUAUUGAGAGAAUAAGGAUUCCCGAGAUAUUGUUUCAACCAAAUAUAGCAGGUUUAGAUCAAGCUGGUAUCGUUGAAAUUCUGGAAAACUUGUUAUACCAUAGAUUGGAUGGUAACUUCCAGCCCGGUGGACAAUCUUAUAACUUAAUUCAAGACGUGUUUCUUGCAGGAGGUUUAGUUAAAUGGCCAAAUUUCGAAUCAAGAAUAAUUAACGAAUUCACAAGCUUCUUACCUGUUGGAGCUCCAUUGAAGGUGCGUAGAGCAAAGGACCCAAUUGUUGACGCUUGGAAGGGUAUGCAGAAAUGGUCUCAAACUGAAGAGUGUGAGAACAGCUAUGUCACUCAAGCGGAAUAUGACGAAAUGGGGCCCGAAUAUAUUAAAGAGCACGGUUUAGGAAAUGUGUGUUUAAAAUGA